GCGCGGCGGGCGCCAUAGCGGAGGGACCCGCGUCCUGCCCUGAACAGGGUUCCCCUGCGCCGGCUGCGGCUGCUCCCGUUGCCGGGUGGUGCCGGUGCGAUGUCGGGCUUCAGCCCGGAGCUGAUCGAUUACCUGGAGGGGAAGAUCUCCUUCGAGGAGUUCGAGCGGCGGCGAGAGGAGCGCAAGAGCCGCGAGAAGGAAGGUGAAAAUGCAUCUGCUGAGGAAAACACUGAAGACGCAGAGGCUCCAUCUUCAUCCAGAAAAGCGUCUGGGAAAUCCCAAAGUCAGGAUGAAACUGACGGAGAAACUUCAGAUGGUGUCAGUAAAUCUGUUCAUCGGGUCUUUGCAUCCAUGCUUGGGGAAAAUGAAGAGGAAGAAGAGGAUGAAGAUGAAGAAGAAGAAGAGGAAGAGGAAGAAGAAACUACUGAGCAACCCACAGCUGGAGAUGUUUUUGUGUUGGAGAUGGUACUUAAUCGAGAGACCAAGAAAAUGAUGAAAGAGAAAAGACCUCGCAGCAAACUUCCUCGUGCCUUGAGGGGUCUGAUGGGAGAGGCCAAUAUCAGGUUUGCUCGAGGAGAACGUGAGGAGGCUAUCCUAAUGUGCAUGGAAAUCAUUCGACAAGCUCCUCUUGCUCAUGAGCCAUUUUCCACUCUUGCCAUGAUCUAUGAAGACCAGGGUGAUAUGGAGAAGUCACUACAGUUUGAACUGAUUGCAGCUCACUUAAAUCCUAGUGAUACUGAGGAAUGGGUUAGACUAGCAGAGAUGUCGCUGGAACAGGACAAUAUUAAACAGGCUGUUUUCUGCUACACAAAAGCUCUGAAAUACGACGCAUCCAAUGUGCGUUACCUAUGGGAGAGAUCAAGCCUGUACGAACAGUUGGGGGAACAUAAGAUGGCUAUGGAUGGCUACAGGCGUAUUUUGAAUCUCCUGUCUCCCUCUGACGGAGAGCGCUUCAUGCAGUUGGCUAGAGACAUGGCAAAGAGUUACUAUGAAGCAAACGACGUGACCUCUGCUAUCGAGAUAAUAGAAGAAGCCUUUACUAAACACCAGAGCCUUGUCUCCAUGGAAGAUGUUAAUAUUGCAGCCGAACUAUAUAUUUCUUCCAAACAGUAUGACAAAGCAUUGGCGGUUAUUACAGAUUUUGCAGGAAUUGUACUUGAAAAGAAAGUGUCAGAAAAAAGUGCAACCGAGGAGAAAAAAGAUACAGGGGCAGUGGUGGAAACUCAGGAAAGCCAGGAGGCAGAGACUAAAGACCAAAGUCAUCCAGUUGCUGAACCCAGUGCUGCAGCUGUGGAGAAGGUCAGCUGCUGUAUACCUGAGGGCGUUCCCAUAGACAUCACAGUCAAGCUGAUGGUGUGCUUGGUUCACUUGAACAUCCUAGAGCCGCUCAAUCCUCUUUUGACCACUCUGGUGGAACAAAAUCCAGAAGAAAUGGGCGACUUGUAUUUGGACGUCGCAGAGGCGUUUCUGGAUGUUGGAGAAUACAACUCAGCGCUGCCUCUCUUGAGUUCCCUUGUCUGUUCAGAACGAUACAACUUGGCUGUCGUCUGGCUUCGGCACGCGGAGUGCUUGAAGGCUUUGGGACACAUGGAGCGUGCAGCAGAGAGCUAUGCCAAAGUUGUUGAUCUUGCUCCAUUGCAUCUGGAUGCAAGAAUCUCACUUUCAACACUUCAGCAGCAGCUGGGCCGACCUGAGAAAGCUCUGGAGGCUCUGGAACCGAUGUAUGAUCCAGAUACGCUGGCUCAGGAUGCUAACGCUGCCCAGCAGGAAUUAAAGCUACUCCUCCAUCGUUCGACCCUGUUGUAUUCCCAAGGCAAAAUGUAUGGUUACAUAGACACUUUACUUACAAUGCUGGCAAUGCUGUUGAAGGUAGCAAUGAGCAGAGCUCAGGUGUGUUUGAUAUCUAGUUCCAAAUCUGGAGAGAGACACCUCUAUCUUAUUAAGGUGUCAAGGGAUAAAAUUUCUGACAAUGACGACCAAGAGACAGCAAAUUGCGAUGCAAAAGCAAUUUUUGCCGUUCUCACGAGUGUUCUGACAAAAGAUGACUGGUGGAACCUCCUCCUGAAGGCUAUAUAUUCCUUGUGUGACCUCUCCCGGUACAAGGAGGCAGAGCUACUCGUGGAUUCCUCAUUGGAAUAUUACUCGUUUUAUGAUGAUAGACAAAAGCGCAAGGAGCUGGAAUACUUUGGGCUCUCUGCUGCAAUUCUGGACAAGAACUUCAGAAAAGCGUACAACUAUAUCAGAAUCAUGGUAAUGGAAAAUGUCAAUAAACCUCAGCUAUGGAACAUCUUCAAUCAAGUGACUAUGCAAUCUCAGGAUGUCCGUCACCAUCGCUUUUGUCUCCGCUUGAUGCUGAAAAAUCCUGAUAAUCACGCACUGUGUGUCCUGAACGGGCACAAUGCGUUUGUAUCUGGCAGUUUCAAGCACGCUCUUGUACGUGCAAGCCUUUCGUGCGAACCCAGAUGAACCUCUGUACAGUCUUUGUAUUGGCUUGACUUUCAUCCACAUGGCCUCUCAGAAAUACGUGUUGAAAAGGCACGCUCUUCUGGUACAGGUGAGUUAGUGUAAUUAUUUUUACCUUUAGCGUUUCCUGGCUUUGGAUCUUGCAGACAGCUAUGGCUACAACGUAGUCUGUUUAAAUAACUUUUAAUAAUUAAUACGGCAUUUCAAAAGAGGGAGGUGGUGAAACAUGAACACAGAUGAAGAUGCUUUUGAACUGCAGUUAUACCCAGAUGAAUCUCCUCUCCUUUUAGUUAAAUGUAGCUUGUUCUGCUGUGUGUGUAUAAUGAUCACUCACAUAGAUGCCAGCAGCUGCCAGCUGUUUGCAAAAAUAUUACUAAUUUCAGUCUUGAUGACUGUAGUCUGGAUUUUCUUCCAAAUUUUUCUUCUUGCCCGCCUUAGUCCAAAGAAGUGCUGUGGAGUAGAAUCUCUGUCACGUGCCCUUCUUAGUUGUGUCUCAUGAACUGCAUUGCUGAAGUGAACUUUACAGACUUAGAAAGUGGGGUUUUUUCCCCCCGUCUUCCUUUUCUCUUCCCCCUUUUACGUGCCUCUUACCGCUCUCUUUAUAAAGAUUUUUUGAACUCCAGUUUAGGCUACCCUCAAUUUUUCAGCUUCCUUACUCACAUUUUUCUUUCAUCUGCCAGAUCCAGUUACAAACCACAGGCUCAUUAUUUCCAAACAGAAUCUUGAAAGUAAUUUCCUCUACCCUCCAACAAGUAUUUUCAUUAACUUGAAAUGCCUUUUAAUUCCUGUGGCCAAUGAGCUCAGAGUCAGCAAAAUAUGGUAGGAUCCUGAACUCUCAUGACUUGUGAAACUGCUGAAAAACCGUACCUUGCCCUGGUUUUGACAAAAGCUAUAGCUCCUCAGCUACUCUAAACCAAUACCAAUUAUGUCAGUAUCCAACUUAAGACAUUUUGAACUUGCAAACUUUGGCCUAAUUUUAAUAUUUUUAUCCACUUCUCUCUGUGAUCAGCCUGCCUUUCUUUUAUGGGCUGCUCUGUUCUCCUUUUGUAACACACUUGAACAAUGUCCUAUUUAUGUUACCCUCUGGCUAUACGGUUCCCUGCUUUCUGUCUUCUCAUUUCUUGCUUACCAUACUUGGUAUUUUUACCUCCUCUCUUGCUCCUAUUGUAGUUGAUUAAUAAUUCAACCACAGUGACAUAUUGGUGACCUUUAUUAUGAUCAUUAGCUGCUUGUGCCUGAAAUAAUUCCUCAUGUUGAAGGAGCUAUCUUCUCUGAUUACCAACAUGGUGCCUAAAAAGAAAUCCUCUAUUUACAACAGAGUCAUCGCAUUCCAAAGUGGUAACAAAAUGAAAUGCACAGGAGAGGAUGAAAACGUUGUGUCCUCGAUUUCUCCCUUCUGCAUUCACCUCUUCUAUCUCUCUGAGUUUCCCCCAGGGCUCCGUCAGUGUCGAAUGAAACACUGCAUGUUAAUGUGAAAUACCACUGUAUGCCUCUUUGUCUUUCCCUGAGUUCUGUAGGGGGGUAGCGCUGGUCUGAUGCCAUUCAUCUUUAUAGCAUCAUGCAGACCUUGAGUCAUGAAGAGUCUGUAACACACCAAGCCGAUACAUCUGUGACAUCCUACAGAUGAGAAACAAAGCACUUCCCUCGCUUUACAGCACGUCAGCGUAUAAAUGAGACUAGUUUGUUCCACCGGUGCCUGGUCACUGUCACUGUCCUGUUUUACAUCUUCUGGGACAUCAGCACCUGUUGGGUCCUGCCCCUCUGUCUGAAGCACAGCAUGCCACGUAGGAGGAGCGGGUAUUCACACUAAAGUUGACAACGAGAUUAGGUACACCUGGGAUGCUGCUAGUCAUGUAGUUUAAAUAUAUAAGUGUAUAUUUUAAUUUUAAACUAAAAGCCAAAUAAGGAAGUGUAACACUUACAGGGUGCUUUGACUUGAAAUUUGUUAAAGCCUAGCACUGGAAUUGCUGGGUAUGAGUUUCCUUUCAAAUUCUGCUGGAGACUUGGCAGUAGAACAUCUGCUGGCUUCGAGAAGGGACAUGAACUCUUGCCUGCUGCUUGGGAUAUAUGGAUUUUUCAUGCCCUUAUUCAGUGAUGUUUAUUUCUGGCCAUUUUAUAAAAUGAUAUACUGAUCAUUUCCCUGAUAACUGGUACUGGAAUAAACGCUUACAUGGAGCACAAGAUCAAGAAAAGAAUAUGAUUGCGUUCCAGAAAUAAUACUUUGAUGUGUACUUCAUGGAGUUCGGAAUUUUGCAGAAUUCUGAAAAGUUGUAGAAUGAAACCAUUUCUUGGCACUAUCCAAGGCAAAGACUGAAGGAAAGGGAAUGAAGGUCUGGGUUUUGGUUUUUUUUCUCCUUUUUAGAAAAAGAAAAAAAAUUGGCUGAGGGUUAUCCUUUAAAGAUUUUUUUAAAGAAAAGUAAAAUCUUGCUCUAGUCUGUCCUUUGGCUGCAUGUUUUUUAACGUGGUCAGCUCUUCCGAACAAGAACCAGUCUUAUCUGUGUGUAUAUUACAUAUAAAUAAUAUAUAAAUAUUAUAAUAUAUAAAUAACUGUGUUCAGUUUAUUAAAAAGAUGUACCCAUUGUUAUCGAAGGCAGAGAGACUGACAGAGCGCACUUUUUAUGGUCUCAGCUAUCAAAUGUGACUUAUUUUUUGCCUUCAACUUGCAUGUGGCUCUGUGGGGAAGCGGAGAUCAAAAGUUGAAACAGAUACAUUUAAACGCCUGUUCUCCAGCCUGUUUUGCUGCCAUUUUCUUAAAGGGAACAUUCACAAACGUGCGUAAUAUGUGUACAGGGAUUCUCCUUCCUUCACCGGUACUUGGACCUGCGUGGACCAUGUCAAGAGUCUUUCUACAACCUCGGCCGUAGCCUUCACCAGCUGGGAUUACUGCACCUGGCAAUCCACUAUUACCAAAAAGUACUUGAACUUCCU